AUGGAGGGAUAUCAGCCGGAAGAAACGCCCUCAGCUGACACAGACGUUGUCACUGCAGGAAUCCGAUUGCCCCUCGGGGAGACUCGUCUUUUGCUCGCCGUUAUCGCGUGUCAUGCCGCGAGGAACGACAUACGAACCGCGCUUCAGCUCGUCCUCCCGCUGAACCGACCUUUCCUGCGUCUUACCGUCCAAGACUUCAUAAAGUCUCUCGACUCGGAUCAGACCCUGGCCGCACAGACUAGCGAUUUCAUUCGGAAGCUCCGCGUCAGCAGGACUGUGGGUCAUCCCCGUGCUUUCGUCUUGCACGUGGGCAACAUGGGCGAAACCAAGAAAUGGACGCUUCUCAGAAAUUUCUAUGCCGAUCUCCUGGAAGGGUUGUCGGGAACCGACGCGUGGAUAGCUCCACAUCCUUCAUUGGCCAACGCUUCGCACCCUGUGGUACUGCAGGAAAGCGGAUGGGCUGCCUUGCUUGCCGCUUCCAUCGCGUGCGGUCAGACCGCGCACGCGCGAACGAUAUGGGAUGAUCUCGUUCGGUUCGGCGUUCACCCAAGUACGACUGUAUGGAAUGGCCUGCUUCAGGGUUUCAGCCAAAUUGGAGACAUUGAAGGUACCCUUGCUACCUGGUCAAGCAUGCGUAAGCAUGUGAAACCCGAUGCUUCGACCUUUCAAGUUUUGAUCAUGAUACUAUUCAAGGCAAGACGGCUAGAUGAAGCUUUGUCCUGCUUGGCCGAUUUCGAAUCCUACCCUUCCAAGGCGCCUGAUCUGAAGCAGAGUACAAUCCUCGUCGUAUACAACAUCGCCAUCAACGGUCUUCUCGCCUGCAAGCAGGAUUUAAGAGCAUUCACCUUGCUCGAAAAACUCCAUGCGAACGGCCCGAAACCGGACAUCACCACCUACAACACUUUUCUCGCGCAUUACGGCCGUAUCGGCGACCUGCACUCGCUUGCCAAAAUACUGCAAAGGAUUCAAGACCAUGACUUGAAGGGCGAUGUAGUCACUUUCUCCGUCAUCCUUUCUGCCCUCCUCAAAGCAGGUCGUAGCGACGCGCCGCAGAUAGUGACAUCUCUCAUGCGCAAGAUGGAGGUGGACGUUAACGUUGCCAUCUACACGUCCAUUAUUGACGCCAUGCUGCGCGAGAGAGACGAACGGCACCUCAAGGCGGCGAUGGAGCUCCUGUGGCAGAUGGAGCGGAAUACUUCGCCGGAGUCUCAGCCGAACCUUGUCACAUACGUGGCUGCCCUUGCCGGUAUACACAAGCAUCGUUGGGUUGAGCCCCGGACUGCAGCAGAUUACAGGGAGCUCAUCCUUAAGCGGAUGCGCGAACGCAACAUUCCGCUAAACCAAGCGUCGUUUCACAUCCUGAUCAAAGCUUGCCUUCAGAAUCCUGACACUGAAGGUGUGGAACAAGCCUUGGCGUAUUACCGCAAGAUGCUAAAGAGCGAUGUACCGGUGGACAAGGACACAUGGUUCCUUCUGCUUUCUGGUCUGCGGAGACGCCAGGAGUGGGAGAUUGCGAGAGGCUUGGUGGACGAGAUGUUGAGGAGCGGUGUGAUGCCCUCGGGGCCACUUCAGCAGGCAGUCGGCGAUAUCCGACAGGGCAGGACGAGGACACGGUUGUAUUGA